AUGGAUAUACUAAGUCUUGCUGGAAAAAAUGCCAUUGUAACAGGUGCAAGCUCGGGAAUUGGUCGUGCAACAGCUGUACUCUUUGCCAAACUUGGUGCGGGAGUAGCUCUUGUUGGCCGAAAUAAUGUUCACCUAGAAGAAACCCGUAAAAUGUGUCAAGAAGCUGCCGGAGAUUCUGGUGCAGGUUUCGUUGUAGUGAAAGCAGACCUCGCAGAUGUGGAACAAGUCAAAACCGCAUUCAGCCAAACCAUCAGCCAUUUUGGCAAGUUGGAUAUCCUGGUUAACAACGCAGGUUACCAAAUCAAAGAUAGCGUAGAGAACUUUGACCCUGUCGCUCAUGAUCAAAUUAUGAGUGUAAAUGUCCGUUCUGUCAUUCUGCUCUCAAAUCUGGCAGUUCCGAAGUUGGCAGAAUCUAAGGGGUGCAUCGUCAACAUCUCAAGUGUUUCUGGUAAUAAUUCCUUCCCUGGAAUUCUGUCCUACGCUAUUAGCAAGGCUGCAGUUGAACAAUUUACACGAAAUGCUGCUGUUGAGCUUGGUUCCAAAGGCAUUCGCGUUAAUUGUGUUGCCCCCGGUGUUGUUGUGACCGAGCUUCAUCGUACAGCCGGUUACACAGAACAGGAGUAUCAAGCCUUCCUGAAUCGAGCUCGCUCAAAUAACUUGGUAGGCACUACAGGACAUGUUGAUGACAUUGCUAAAGCUGUCGCCUUCCUUGCUGCUCCAUCCACUGGAUCCUUCAUCAAUGGUGAAACCAUCUUUGUCGAUGGUGGAUGGUCUAAAAUGUGUCCCCGCUAA